CUCGCUGCUCUCCAUCUCUCCGUUAUCCAGGAGAGAAAGCGGGGGAGUGCGUUGUUUCUCUCUCCAUCUACCACAGACUCUCCUCUUUCGCCAGCCCGUUCAUCUGAGUGCAUCGGCGGUAAGUUUAUGGGGAGAGUUGCCGCUCCCUGCAGCGGCCCCGGUAGGAUCGUGUCCUUUCUCACCGCGGUUCCGUGCUUAUCCUGUAAACAGCAGCGGCGUCGGCGGCGGCGACAGCAGCAUCAGUCUGAACGGGAGAAGCGGAGGAUGAGCGAGCAGGGCAAGAGUGUGGCGUCCACGCCAGCGAGCGGGACACCAGUCCCGGGCUCGGACACGUACAAAGGCUGGCUUUUUAAAUGGACUAACUAUAUCAAAGGCUACCAGCGCAGAUGGUUCGUGCUCAGCAAUGGACUACUGUCCUAUUACAGGACGCAGGCAGAGAUGGCGCACACGUGUCGCGGCACCAUCAACCUCGCCACAGCGCACAUCGACACAGAAGAUGCCUGCAAUAUCGUGCUGAGCAGCGGGGGGCGCACUUACCAUCUGAAAGCCAGCACUGAAGUGGAGAGGCAAAGAUGGGUCACGGCACUGGAGCUGGCCAAAGCAAAAGCAAUCCGAAUGAUGAACGAUCAGUCCGAAAAUGACCAUGCAGCUCCUGCACACUGUUAUCAUUCUGAUGACUCUGCAGACGAGGAGCCGACAACUCAGUCAGACAACAGUGAGAUCCAGGGCACGCUGAAGACUCUGGCAAGUAAGUUGGAUGACCUGAGCACUUGUAAUGACCUGAUAGCCAAGCACGGAGCGGCGCUGCAGCGGUCCCUGAGCGAACUUGAGGCCUUACGUGUGCCUCUGGAAGGGGGAGAGAAGAUCAAGGCUGUUAAUGAGAGAGCCACCCUCUUCCGGAUUACCUCCAAUGCUAUGAUCAAUGCGUGCCGAGAUUUCCUGGACCUGGCAGAGAGCCACAGUCGCAGAUGGCAGCGUGUACUUCAACAUGAGCGAGAACAGCGCACCCACCUGGAGGAGACCAUUGAGCAGCUAGCCAAGCAGCACAACAGCCUGGAACGAGCGUGGAGAGAGGCUCCCGCACACGCCGUUAACACGCCCGACACACCCACCACCGACACAGGAGUGAGUGAAAGGCAGCGGAAAGAGGAGGCGAGUGAUGAUGAGGAUACAGAGUAUUUUGACGCCAUGGAGGACUCACCUGCCUUUAUCACAGUGACUGCCACAGACCCCUCCCAACACAGACGUUCUCAGAGUAAUCUCAGUGGUGCUAGUGGAGGACCCAGUGAAUGGAACCAGGAGGACAAUUGUUCUGUGAGCAGUAAUGAUUAUUCUGGGAAACAGCUGCAACCUCACAGGAAGAGGCGGAGCUGCAUCCCAGAGAAGCCCAACUAUUCGCUCAAUCUGUGGAGCAUCAUGAAGAAUUGUAUCGGCAAAGAGCUUUCAAAGAUCCCAAUGCCUGUGAACUUUAAUGAGCCGCUGUCCAUGCUACAACGUUUGACUGAGGAUCUGGAGUACCACGAGCUGCUGGAUAAAGCAGCACGCUGUGAGAACUCCCUGGAGCAGAUGUGCCUUGUCGCAGCCUUCUCAGUCUCCUCCUACUCCACCACAGUACAUCGAACAGCAAAGCCCUUCAACCCUCUGUUAGGAGAGACCUACGAACUGGACCGUCUGGAAGAAUUCGGCUACCGUUCCCUGUGCGAACAGGUCAGUCAUCAUCCGCCAGCAGCCGCUCAUCAUGUGAUGUCACAGCGAGGCUGGACCCUGUGGCAGGAAAUCACCAUCGCUAGCAAGUUCCGUGGCAAAUACCUCUCCAUCAUGCCUCUGGGUGCAAUUCACUUGGAGUUUCACGCAAGUGGAAACCACUACGUGUGGCGAAAAGUCACCUCCACCGUACACAACAUCAUCGUGGGCAAACUGUGGAUUGAUCAGUCAGGAGAUAUUGAUAUAGUCAACCACAGGACCAAAGCAACCUGUCAGCUGAAGUUUUCCCCCUAUAGCUACUUUUCAAGGGAAGUCCCACGAAAGGUCACAGGCGUGGUGAUGGACAGCGAUGGCCAGGCCCACUACAUCCUGUCAGGUACAUGGGACGAUAAGAUGGAGAGUGCCAAGAUUGUACAGAGCAGUAGAGGAAGUAGCAGCUCAGAGGGCAAGCAGAAGACUGUCUAUCAAACACUUCCACCCAAACUACUGUGGAAGAAAUACCCUCUACCAGAGAACGCUGAGAACAUGUACUAUUUCUCCUCUCUGGCAUUGACGCUGAAUGAGGAAGAGGAGGAUGUGUGCGUGACAGACAGCAGGCUAAGGCCGGACCAGCGACUGAUGGAAGAAGGACGAUGGGAUGAGGCUAACGCGGAAAAACAGAGACUGGAAGAGAAGCAGAGAGCCACACGGAGGAGGAGAGAGGCAGAGGCUUCAGAGGCAAUAGAUGAAGGACAGGAAUAUGAAGGCUACAAGCCUCUGUGGUUCCAGCAGAGGACGGAUGAAAGGACAGGAGAAACCAUCUAUGUUUAUAAGGGAGGUUACUGGGAGGCCAAAGAAAGACAGGACUGGAGUCAGUGUCCUGAGAUCUUCUGAAUAAAUGAAUUCAUGUACAUGGACUCCUCUCAAAGCUCCUUGUAUGGCCACAGAGGUCAUAAAAACCUGCACUGUUUGAAACUCUCCGAGCGUGUGUUUUUGUGUGAGUGUUUAUGUGUGAGUGUGUUUGUGUGCAGCCCAGUGACAUACUGUAUAUCUUCACCUGACUCUUAAACAGACUUGCACAGGAGAAGGGGAGAACGGGACAAGCGACUUGUCGUGUUCUCCCUGAAGUUCACCUCAAAGAUGAGUAGCCAAGUGCCGCCCACUUUAUCUUCCAAAGCAAAAUCAGGUUCUUUUUAUUCUGUACAGCCCCUUCACAAAAUGCACUUUCCCUCCUUCCAGCAUUACAUGAGACUGUUUAUAAUGAGGUCAUAUCAAAGACGCUCGCCUCUUACCCCAUCCUCUGCUGGCCUAGAAAACAUAAAGAAACUCACGUACAAAGACGAGGAGCCUGCUGCAACAUUUGGAUGAUAUAAACAUGAAUUUUCUGAUUGUCCAGCUUCCAUUACUUUAGUACAUUAAUACCAUAUUGGGCAAAGGAAUUGUUGACGUUCACAUAUCCCAGGAGCAUGAUUGGACUUCUAUUGGACACAUAUCUGAAGGCUCCUCACACCUUGCAUCGGCAAUGAUGGCCGAAAUUCAUCUCAUUUUAGACAAGCAUCUACCUUUUUAAAAAAAAGCAAUUUCUGUUGGAUGAUGCAGGCAUGGUGUUAUCACCUGACACAAACCUUCAAAAAAAGAGGCUUUAAAUCCAUGAAGGUUCAAUUGUUACAUCCGUGAAUUAGCUGCUUCCUGCAUUGGCUCAGUGGAGCCUCUCAGUGGUCAUUUUUCAUGUUACUGUGACUGCCGCAGUACAAUUCAUAUCAAUGCAAUUAAAAAUCCAUUUUUGUACAAUCGGGAUACUGAAUGAUGAUUGAUCAACCAAUAAAAUGAAACAUCUGCUUGACUCUCAGAGAGACCAAGUGUGAUAUAGAAAAUACUGCUUUAGUAAGUAAUGUGCUAGUGGGUAACGUUUGUAUUUAUUAGCAGUAGAGUGAAUUAAAACAUGCCCCACUAGUGUUCCUAAUUAAAAGCAAUGUGGUGCUGCUAUAGAGAAGCACAUUGUAUAUUCUCAUUUGAAUUGUUCCCUAUAACACCAAAAUGUUUUAUAGCAGUCCUAAAAACAUAUAUUUCAGUUGUUGCUGUGCACUUUGAAACUCUGUAGAUGCAAUUCAAACAUAUUUCUUUAAAUACGUUCAGAAACAAAUUCUCAUGAAGAUGAAGUUUAAAAGUUGAAAUGCCCCUGAUAUUCAUCGACUCAGACCUCUUUGAAUCACUGAUUGUGCUAUUUGCUUUUAAGAAUGUAAUUAGAUUUGAGGUUUUAUUUUGCUCUCUUGCCACUAGAUGUAUUUUGUGAUGAUAAAUAUCAUAUAUUAUUAUAAAAACAAAGUAAUGAUUACAUGUCAUCCUAAUACUUACUGUAUUUUGGUCAAAAUCUGGAUUUUAACCAAAAUGUUUAUUGUAAAUGCAUCUUUUAAUCAAAAUAAGCCAGCAGGUCAAAAGUUAUUUUUGACGAGCUGUCACUGUUUGCUUAAAUGUAAAUAUUUUGUAUUAAAACACACUGACUCACA